CAUCGGCCGGGAGACUACGGCUGGAGCGACAGAGAAAGGCGCGUACUCGCACGCGCUGCGAAUUAUCACGCAUUCGCGUAAUUGCGACGCGUCUUCUGACAGGUUCCUAGCUCGGUUGACUUCUUCGACCUCUUCCUCGUCGUCACUAUGGCGGACGACGAGGUUCUCUUCGACGAUGUUUACGAGCUCUGCGAAAUUAUCGGCAAGGGACCAUUCAGCGUCGUUCGGAAGUGCAUUCAUCGUCAUACCGGGCAGAUUUUCGCUGUAAAAAUCGUCGAUGUGGCGAAGUUCACUUCUAGCCCUGGGCUCAGCACUGCAGAUCUAAAACGAGAAGCUACAAUAUGCCAUAUGCUGAAACAUCCACAUAUUGUGGAACUACUAGAAACUUAUAGUUCUGAGGGCAUGUUAUACAUGGUAUUCGAAUAUAUGGAUGGCUCUGAUUUAUGCUUCGAGGUGGUGAGACGCGCAACUGCUGGAUUCGUAUACAGCGAGGCGGUUGCAAGUCACUACAUGCGACAGAUCCUUGAAGCGUUGCGUUACUGCCACGAGAACGACAUUAUUCAUCGUGACCUGAAGCCGCAGUGCGCCCUUCUAGCUGGCAAGGAAAAUUCCGCCCCGGUGAAGCUGCGCGGCUUCGGCGUCGCUGUGCAACUCCCGACCUCGCAGUCCAAUGGCGUUGGCCUGAUCUCCCCGAGCUGCAAUUUUCCUUUUGAGGACCUGACCGACGCCGAGGAUUCGCUAGCGAGCGACACGGAGGACAAUAUCGGUCGUGUCGGAUGUCCGCACUUCAUGGCGCCGGAAGUUAUUCAGCGGCGACAAUAUGGGAAACCCGGUGAUGUCUGGUCGGCCGGAGUAUUGCUCCACGUUCUGCUAACUGGUACCCUUCCGUUUGUCGGAUCUCGAGACAGGCUGCGGGAAGCGAUCUGCCGUGGCCGGGUACAGAUGGAGACACCACUCUGGGAUCCCAUCAGCGAGCCGGCGAAAGACCUCAUACAGAGAAUGCUCACGACCGACGUAAAUCAUAGGAUCACCAUCCAGGAAGUUCUCAACCACAAGUGGCUUAGAGAUCGUGAUAAGGGUGCAGCUCGUAUACACUUAGCUGAUACUAUAGAAGAGCUUAAGAAAUUUAAUGCAAGGCGAAAAUUGAGCAAUGCCGUAAAAGUAGCCAUCUCCUCGUCGAAAUGGCAUGCUCCAUAUUCAGAAGCUAAUGGUGACAAUUUCUCCGAUGUCGGCGAUGACGAGAUGACAACAGGAGCUGUAGCCGAAAUUGUGGAUUCCUUGGAUGACAUUGAAAUCCUUGAAGAAAGUGAUAGAUUGUUACGGACAGAAGUUCUCAACGCAGUUGAUGAUCACCGGCUUCGAGCAAUUUUAGAGCUUUAUGACAGAAUCUCAGCACGUGUACCAACACCGUACCGAGCACCGCAGACGGAUGCAGCUCAACGCGCUCGAGAUGUCGAAGAGAUCCUUCGAGAAGCAGAGCAUUCGGCGGUGCGAAAUAUCGAUAGAGCCGAUCUUCGAGAACUUCACGAAUUAUUGGUUCAGCCGCACAUGAGGGCACUCUUACAAGCGCACGAUGUUGCCGGCCACGAGGUCUACGGCGAGGAAGCCACCAGAGUAACACCACCGCCGCUUCUCACGUAUCUAAAUGGUGGCGACGACCUCGAAGGACAAAACGGUGAUUUAGACGAGAAAAUCACUCGCGUCAGACUGGUGCAGUUUCAGAAGAACACGGAUGAGCCGAUGGGAAUCACAUUAAAAAUGAACGAAGAUGGACAAUGCUUUGUUGCACGGAUUAUGCAUGGUGGGAUGAUCCAUAGACAAGCCACUCUUCAUGUUGGUGACGAGAUCAGAGAAAUCAAUGGUAUACCAGUUCAGAAUCAAUCCGUUAAUGCCUUGCAAAAGAUUCUGCGGGAGGCACGAGGAUCUGUAACUUUCAAGAUUGUGCCGUCGUACAGGAGCGCGCCGCCCCCCUGCGAGUUGUUCAGGAUUAAGCCUCUGCCAGUGUUAAUUUUCGUUCGAGCACAAUUCGAUUACGAUCCAUUGGAGGACGAACUGAUACCUUGCGCGCAAGCUGGGAUUGCCUUUAAAACCGGUGACAUUCUGCAAAUCAUCAGCAAGGAUGAUCAUCACUGGUGGCAAGCGCGGAAGGAUAACGCGGCUGGUUCCGCGGGUCUUAUCCCUUCGCCCGAACUUCAAGAAUGGCGCAUCGCCUGCAUGUCUAUGGAGAAGAACAAACAAGAACAAGUAAAUUGCUCAAUAUUCGGCCGGAAAAAGAAGCAAUACAAGGAUAAAUAUCUUGCAAAGCACAACGCCGUUUUCGACCAGCUGGAUCUGGUGACCUACGAAGAGGUCGUGAAGCUUCCUUAUCCUGCCUUCCAACGGAAAACUUUAGUAUUAUUGGGAGCACAUGGCGUCGGUCGACGACAUAUAAAGAAUACGAUUAUUUCCAAGCAUCCCGAUAAAUACGCCUAUCCUAUUCCGCAUACAACGAGGCCUCCACGAAGCGACGAAGAGAAUGGUCGUAAUUAUUAUUUCGUAUCGCACGAUGAAAUGAUGGCAGACAUAUUAAAGCUUACACAUAAAACAUUACUAACCAUUAAUUAUCGAAAUUGUGUUAUUCCUUUCUUUAUAGAUCCUGCCUUCCAACGGAAAACUUUAGUAUUAUUGGGAGCACAUGGCGUCGGUCGACGACAUAUAAAGAAUACGAUUAUUUCCAAGCAUCCCGAUAAAUACGCCUAUCCUAUUCCGCAUACAACGAGGCCUCCACGAAGCGACGAAGAAAAUGGUCGUAAUUAUUAUUUCGUAUCGCACGAUGAAAUGAUGGCAGACAUAGCCGCUAAUGAAUAUCUCGAAUACGGUACACACGAAGACGCUAUGUAUGGAACUAAGCUCGAAACUAUUCGUAAAAUUCACGAAGAAGGCAGGAUGGCCAUAUUAGAUGUUGAACCGCAGGCAUUGAAAGUUUUACGAACUGCUGAAUUUGCACCUUACGUUGUCUUCAUAGCAGCACCUGCAUUUGCAAAUGUUACGGAUUUCGACGGUAGUCUGGAACGAUUGGCGAAGGAAUCGGACAUGUUGAAGCAGGCGUACGGGCAUUUCUUCGAUCUGACCAUCGUGAACAACGAUCUCGACGAAACGAUCGCUCAGCUGGAGGCCGCGAUCGAGCGCGUGCACACGACACCUCAAUGGGUGCCCGUUUCUUGGGUCUACUGACAGCGGUCUUCGCCGAUUCGUCAGAUCACCACCAUGGACUGCAACGGCUCGUCGAGAAUGAAGCAGUGAUCGCCGGCACCGUAACGGCCAUCGGCUCGCGAUCCAGCCUCUCGCGAAGAUCUGACGGCGACGCCGACAGCUGCCGGCAUCCGACAGGAAUACGCCGCGGGCAGUUAUGUCGAAUCAAUCGGAUAUAUACCAGAAAAACGUACUCGACGCCGAUCGGCUCGACGGUGAAACGAUCGACUGGAGUGCGUGACUAUAUGAUGGCCGUGUGUUCAUGAAGUUCUUUCCAUCUCACUGCGUAAUUGUUACCAGUCGCGGGACACGAGGGGAAAUUAGCGACGUGUCGGAGUCGUCCUGACGUCGAUGAGCGUCGUCGCACGGCGUCCACCAUCGAGACGUCGGACCUUUCAAAAAUGUGGAACGCGCCAUCAUCGAGCACGGCGAAAUCAGUGACGAUAACCACGUCACAAUGCGUCUGAAGACGGACGCCUUCUCGCGGACCACCAAUUUCUCCUGCACUUCCUUCUCCUUUUGUUCCUCUUUCUCCUCUUUUUCGAAACUUCGAAAAUAAAGGGAUAAAGAAAAAACCGAUCAGCUGGAACUCCUCUUGAACGAGACUACUAUAUACGAAUGCAUGUCUUUCUCUCUAUUCUGUACAAUUUGUCGCAUUCCUGGCACGGUUUCAGCGAAUCUCUCACAGGAAUUCCUCACGACUUGCAACCACUCUAGAGGCAGUUGUUUAUGACGCGUGUCAUGUACAGAGAUACGGCGACAACAAGCACCAAAGAAUAUAUCCUGUUUACGGAAAAUCAAACGAAAAACAAUAGCCGUUCAUGCUUUACGCGGAUGUCAACUGAACGGCUGCACCUUCGUAUCCUACCUACCCUGCGAAAUCUAUCAGUCGACUUUCCAUAAACUGUAAUUGCCUCCUAUCGUACUUUAUUAUAACUAUUUAAACGAAAAAAGCUAGAGAUCGUGCGGCACGGCAGUGCCCGUUAAUAUAUUAUACAUAUAUAGCAAAAGACGAGGGUCCUAUCGUAAUAAUCGAAACCCGUCUGACACCGUUCAAUCGAAAAGAGGGAGGGGAAAAAAAAGAACAUGAACUCUGGUGUGCUGCCGGCCGUCCGUCAUUUAACUGUAACUUUAAGCAGUAGAGAACUUCGCCGGUUUCGUCUUAGUACUUCUACUAAUAUCUAACGAGUGUUCAUCUCUUGUCGCAGGGAUCCUACUGCGACAAAUCUACGCGUAUGCUACGAGCGCUUUUUACGUUCAGUGCCGUCUUUUCUAUCUUUCUCUCUGUCGCGUCUUCUUUCAUUUUAUUUGCCUCUCUAUUUCUAACUAUCCACCGAGCUUUUUUCCAAAUACUUUCGGAUAAUCGGGGCCGCCGUUGGAGCGGGACGGCUCGCUCGCUCCCUCGCUUGACCGUGCACUUGCCUAUGCCAUUGCCAUUCGUCGUUAUUGUUCAUGAAACAUUAUCAGCUCAAAUAUUCAUUGAUGCACCACCGAGAUUGCGAUUAUACUCUGUACAGGAGAAGCCCGGAACCGAAUCGCACAUCUCGGACGAAUGCACGGACGGCGGAUAUCGAUCCGGCAGCGAGAAUUCUACGCUCUCACUCGAAAGAACUUGUAUGCAAUUAUUAAGUUGAUAUAUGACACACAUACAUACACACACAUACGUACGAAUACACAUGGGCACAUAUGUCAAAACUACAAUGCCACUCUGUUCGCAUUACUUAUACACCCUCGUACAAAAGCGCAUAAGAUCGAAUGACGAAGUAACAAAAUAAAAAAAAAAAAACGCGGUUUAU